GGGGUUGCCCGGGUGGUCACAAAUGGCCCCCGCCCCCGAAAUCUCUGACGUUCCCCAUUCCAGGCUACUCCCUGGGAACGGCGAUCCCUCCCACGCCGCCACCAGCCAGAUCUGGAAGGUGGGACUGUGGGCAACGACAACCGGCAUAGAGGCGGUACCCUAGCCGCCUCCACCUAAAGGGGCCAGAGCGUGCUUCCCCCGCUCCUACUUAAGGCCCAUCACCCCGCAGGUGCAGCGCAUUUGCCUUCUGCUUGCGUCUCCCCGACUGGGCCUCCGACCGGCCCGAAGGGGUUGCCCGCCUUGGCUCGGCUGCUCCGGGUCUUCUGAGCAGCCGAGGAGGAGGGCGGGGAGCCGGGAGAGCGGCCGAGCCCCGGCUUCCACGCAGGGAUUGGGCGCAAGUAGGGAGCUUUCCCGCUGCCCCGAAGCCCGGGGAUCUGUCCGUGGUCCUGAACUGCUCGCCAAGGAAUGACUGAGAGGCAGUAGCUCCACAGUAUGAAACCAACCCAAAGAUUAUUGUGAAAGAUUAAAGGUUGUAUAAAACUUAAAAGAAGCAGCAAUUCUAUUCACUAGUUAUUGGACUGGGACUCCUUUGACCUCGGGAAACUGAAAAUGAGGUUGCUAUGGGAACUACUGGUGCUGCAAUCAUUCAUGUUGUGCCUUGCAGAUGACAGCACCCUGCAUGGCCCAGUUUUCAUCCAGGAACCAAGCAGCAUUACUUUUCCCUUGGAUCUUGAGGAGAAGAAAGUGAAGUUGAAUUGUGAUGUUAGGGGAAAUCCCAAGCCAAUUUUCAGGUGGAAGUUCAAUGGAACAGAUGUCGACACUGGUAUGGAUUUCCGCUAUGAUAUAGUGGAAGGCAGCUUGUUGAUCAAUAAUCCCAAUAAAACCCAAGAUUCUGGAACAUACCAGUGCGUCGCAACAAACUCGUUUGGAACAAUUGUUAGCAGAGAAGUCAAACUUCAGUUUGCUUAUCUUGAAAACUUCAAAUCGAAAACCAGAAGUAUCGUGUCCGUCCGACAAGGGCAAGGUAUGGUGCUGCUGUGUGGGCCUCCGCCGCAUUCUGGAGAUCUGAGCUAUGCCUGGAUCUUCAAUGAGUAUCCAUCAUACCAGGAUAACCGUCGCUUUGUUUCUCAAGUGACUGGAAAUCUGUACAUUGCCAAGGUGGAAAAAUCAGAUGUCGGCAAUUACACCUGUGUGGUAACCAACACUGUUUCAAACCACAAAGUGCUGGGGCCACCUACACCUUUGAUACUGAGGAAUGAUGGGGUGAUGGGUGAAUACGAGCCAAAGAUAGAAGUGCAGUUUCCAGAAACAGUCCCAUCUGCGAAAGGAACAACUGUGAAACUGGAAUGCUUUGCCUUGGGAAACCCAGUUCCAACUAUCACCUGGAGAAGAGCCGAUGGAAAGCAAAUAGCCAGGAAAGCCAGAAGACACAAAUCCAAUGGAGUUCUUGAAAUCCCAAAUUUCCAACAGGAAGAUGCUGGCUUGUAUGAAUGCAUAGCUGAAAAUUCAAGAGGAAAAAAUAUGGCAAGAGGACAGUUGGUAUUUUACGCUCAACCGAACUGGAUUCAAAAAAUAACUGAUACUCAUGUGGCCAUUGAAGAGAACCUUUCCUGGGAGUGCAAAGCCAGUGGGAGGCCCAAACCUACAUACACCUGGCUAAAAAAUGGCAAACCACUGGUCUCUCAGGACAGAAUUCAAAUAGAGCAUGGAACACUUAACAUAACAUUAGUGAGCCUCUCUGACGCAGGAAUGUAUCAGUGUAUAGCAGAAAACAAGCAUGGAGUUAUUCUUGCCAGUGCAGAGCUAAGUGUUAUUGCUGUGGGUCCAGACUUUUCCAAAGCCCUCGUGAAAAGGUUAACUCUUGUCAAAGUGGGUGGUGAAGUCGUCAUAGAGUGUAAACCAAAAGCAUCCCCCAAACCUGUCUACACUUGGAAGAAAGGAAAGGACAUCUUAAGAGAAAAUGAGAGAAUUAACGUUUUAGAAGAUGGAAGCCUCCGAAUUGCCAAUGUGACAAAAUUAGAUGCAGGAAGUUACACCUGCAUAGCAACAAACCAUUUUGGGACAGCUAGCAGUACGGGAAAUUUGAUGGUAAAAGACGCCACCCGAGUCAUUGUCCCACCUUCCAGUAUGGAUGUUACCGUCGGAGAGAGCAUCGUCCUGCCCUGCCAGGUCACUCAUGAUCACUCACUGGAUGUCAUGUUUACCUGGUUUUUCAAUGGACAACUGAUAGAUUUUGACAAAGAUGGGGACCACUUUGAAAGGGUCGGAGGAGAUUCAGCUGGCGAUUUGAUGAUCAGAAGCAUCCAACUGAAGCAUGCUGGGAAAUAUGUCUGCAUGGCACAAACAAGUGUGGACAGGCUAUCAGCCUUUGCAGACCUGAUUGUGAGAGGUCCACCAGGUCCACCUGAGGCUGUGACAAUAGAUGAGAUCACUGACAGUACAGCUCAGUUGUCCUGGAGGCCAGGAGCUGAUAAUCACAGCCCUAUCACUAUGUACGUAAUUCAAGCGAGGACUCCAUUUUCUGUGGGAUGGCAAGCAGUGAAUACAGUUCCGGAGAUCAUUGACGGCAGGACAUUCACAGCUACCGUGGUAGGGUUGAACCCGUGGGUUGAAUAUGAAUUCCGUGCAGUAGCGGCCAACCUCAUUGGCAUUGGGGAACCAAGCCCCCCCUCAGAGAAAAGACGAACAGAAGAAGCUCUCCCUGAAAUCACCCCAGCCAACGUCAGCGGAGGUGGAGGCAGCAAAUCUGAGUUGGUCAUUACCUGGGAGACCGUCCCCGAAGAAUUGCAGAACGGAGGAGGUUUUGGUUACGUGGUGGCAUUUCGGCCUUUCGGUAAAGUGAGCUGGAUGCAGACGGUGGUGGCAUCUUCCGAUGCCUCCAGAUAUGUGUUUCGAAAUGAGACCUUGCCCCCAUUUUCUCCCUAUGAGGUGAAAGUGGGAGUCUACAACAAUAAAGGAGAAGGUUCUUUCAGUCCCGUUACAGUGGUGUAUUCCGCGGAAGAAGAACCUUCCAGAGCACCGCCCAGCGUAUUUGCAAGAAGUCUUUCUGCCACUGACAUCGAGGUUUUCUGGGCCUCUCCACUGGACACACUGAUCAAAGAACGGAUUCAGGGUUAUGAGGUUAAAUACUGGAGACAUGAUGAUAAGGAGGAGAAUGCCAGAAAAAUUAGAACAAUCGGAAACAAAACCUCUACAAAAAUCACCAAUUUGAAAGGCAGUGCCCUUUACCAUUUGUCCGUCAAAGCCUACAAUACUGCAGGGACCGGCCCCUCCAGCGUAACUGUCAACGUAACUACCAAGAAGCCACCACCGAGUCAACCCCCUGGAAACAUCAUAUGGAACUCAUCUGACUCCAAGAUUAUACUGAAUUGGGAUCAAGUCAAAGCACUCGACAAUGAAUCAGAAGUAAAAGGAUACAAAGUCUUAUACAGAUGGAACAGGCAAAGCAGUUCAUCCGUAAUAGAAACGAACAAAACAUCCGUGGAACUCUCUCUGCCUUUUGAUGAAGACUACAUAAUAGAAAUAAAGCCAUUUAGUGAUGGAGGCGAUGGCAGUAGCAGCGAACAAAUCCGAAUUCCAAAGAUAUCAAAUGCCUAUGCGAGAGGAUCUGGGGCUUCAACUUCUAAUGCCUGUACUUUGUCAGCCAUCAGUACAAUAAUGAUCUCCCUCACAGCUAGAUCCAGUUUAUGACAAAAAUUACAUAAGGGACUCGCUGUUUAUAUUAUAAGCAACAUUUAGCUAGUUGUUUUGGAGACACCCAGUACUAAGUAAAAUUGUUGUUCAAGUACAUCUUAUUACUGGAAAAAUGUUUUAUGCUUCUUUAGGAAUGGCAUUAUACAGUACUUCUCAAAGCAGAUAUAGCUUUGUUUGAAGUUUCUUUGGAAACUCUGCAAUGCACUGAAAACAUCUGUGAAAUGAUGUUACCAAAGCAGUUUACAUAUGUCCUUAUAUGCAUAUUUUUAUUAUAUAUUUAGUGUUUUAUAGAAUUUUUUAAAGUUAACAUAUGAUGUAGAUAUUAAUUUUUCCUCUGCUGUAAAAUGCUAUGGGUAACACUAUCAUAAAAAUAUUAUUUGAAAAUGUUUCCUUUAGGACUGAGAGUUCAAAACCCUUCUCAGUAAAUCAAUUGCGAAUUGAUUGCACAGUUUUAUGGAGAUACACUGGCAGAACAGCUUAAGACUUGGUUUGUAACUCAAGGCUGCUGAAUUUAAAUAACAAUUAUGAUGGUUAAUGCAUUAAAUCAAGUGCUUUUGACAGGUAGAAUUUUAUCCAGGAUGCAUCAAAUGAGUCAAGACAAAAGGCAUCAUUUUUUAGGAAUAGUGGGGAUUUCUAAAACGUAAACCUGCUGAUGAAGUGAAUAUUAUGUGCAAUACAUAUAUCCAGACUUCUCAAUUGCACAAUAAGAUUUUCUUUUUACUAUUCUAAAUUAGUAAUGGCUUCAUAGAAACAUUACCUUAGACAUUCAAAUCGAACUGCAUAUCCUGUAGUAACAGAGACCUAAAGUUGCUAUAGUAAACCAAGUCUUUAAAGUUUUCAAUUUCAAAAAUGAUAAAUUUACUAUCUUGAAAUAUAUUCAUUUUGAAUGUAAAUUUAAAAUGCAACACCAUGUUAAUGAUUCCAUAAUUUCUUUAGACAUUUUCUUAUAAUAUGUGUAUCUAUAUCAAAAAAUAACCCAGUUCCUUCUUUUGAACCAAGGUCAUUAAUGGAACUCGAUGAAAUUUCUCACAUUCAGGCAACUAAUUUUGUUUUCUUAAUGCAGAAGAUUCUUAAUAUGAUUGUAUGUUACCUUAAUGAUUCUAUAGUUUUGUGAUAGGCAGUCUUAGUUACAUUUCAAGCUUUUCAAGUUGUAAAAAUCAAGAUGGAAGUAUCAAGUGACAAUAUGAACAAAUCAUAGUCUCAAGAAAAGGCUGUUUGUUAUUAAGGGAGAAUUUUGUAAGCUGACACUGAUGGAUGGGGAAAAAAGGCAACUAAAUUUUAAAGUUUAAAUGCGCUGCUGCAGUUUUCUCUUUCUCUCAUGAGAGCUUGAAUAUGCCUGUGACUUGUCAUUUUUGCUUAAAAUAUAAGUAAACGUUUAAAUCUUCUAAUAUAUUUAUUCAAUAAGUCAUAAUCAGGAUUCCACUUGUGUAAAAGUCAAGGGUGUUAACCAGAGAAAAUAUUGUCAGUAUUUCAAACUGUGUUCCUUUCUUGGUUUGAUAUGGUUACUUCUAUGUAAAAAAAAAAAUUAAAAAAAUAAAAAAACCUACAAAAAAAUCCAUAAAACAACAAAACGAUACAAAAAAAUGUAGUUUCUGUCCCCUAGUGUAAAUGAUAUUUAUCAGUGACCUAGCAGAUGUAAUCUUUUUUUAA